GCUGCCGCCGGUGCCGUCCCCUGGCAGCCGCAGCCCGGCCGCCGCCGCCUCAGCCUCAGCCAUGGCGAGCGAGGAGCGCCGGCAGCCGGAGGCGGGCGGGGAGAGCGACGGCGGCGGCGGGCGGCAGCGGGCGGAGGCUCGGCGGCAGGCGGCGGGGCCGGUGCCGGUGCCGGUUGCCGAGGUGCCGGGCGGGGCCGGGGCGGCGCUGCUGGGCGAGACGGGGCUGGCGCUGGGCUGCUGCAUCGCGGCAGCGCUCAGCUGGGAGCGGCCCCUGCGCAGCCUGGGCGGCUUCGUCUGCGCCAACCUGCUCUUCUGGUUUGUUGCUCUGACCCCUUGGAGAGUGUAUCAUCUGACUUCUCUCAUAAUACUUGGAGUGCUAGUUCUUCAGAUAAUAAAGGAUUUGGUCUUAUCUAGGAUAAAAGGUGCACAGCUCUGGAGGAGAAUCACUGACAACUGUUUGAGAUCCCAUGGCCAAAAAGCCCCAAGGCAGUUGAGAUUUUCAGCCUUAGUGCUGCUCUGCAACUCAAGGAAUGCUCAGCUCAUCUUUCCUAGCUGUUUGACUUUGAGAGGCCUUGAACUAGAAGUAUCCCAGCUGAAGAAUGUGGAAGCUGAAGAAGAAAAUGACUGGGAAGUCAUCAGUUCCAGGCAAGACUACAGACUCAGAAUAAAUCAGUGCAUUUCAGAAACACUGAUGAAUUUAUUUGUAUUUCUUCAAGAAAUGUCCCACUUCAAGGAACAAAACCCUGGCAAGUUUUGCCUACUCGUCUGCAGUAUAUGUACAUUUUUCACUGUCUUGGGAAGUUACAUUCCUGGAGUUGUCCUCUCCUAUGUUCUGUUAUUGUGUGCCUUUUUAUGUCCCUUCCUCAAGUGCAAUGAAUUUGGACAGAAAUUGUGCAACAAAAUCAAGUCUGUUCUGAUGAAACUAGAUUUUGGAAUAGUGGAAUACAUUAACCAGAAGAAAAAAGAGAGAUCCGAAACAGCAAAAACAAAACCCACAGAAGAUGACAGUGAAUUAGACAUAUCAGCCCUGUGUCCUAAGGUUAGUCCUGCAGUUGUUGCCAAAGAGCUGUCAGUGUCUGACACAGAUGUAUCAGAAGUAUCUUGGACCGAUAAUGGGACCUUUAACUUAUCCGAGGGGUAUUCUCCACAGACAGACACAUCUGAAGAUUUUGACCGACCUAGUGAUCAUGAGGAAGCUUUUGCUAGAGAUCUUGCAGAAUUCCCUUCCUUAGAAAAUGGUGCAGGAACAAAUGAUGAUGAUGACUCAAGCAUCGGUAUGCCCAUCCAGCAAAAAAGAAAAAAAGAACAAACAUAUUUCAAGGUGGAUCAUUCUUCCAGACAGAGUAAAGAGAGACCAUCCACUGCAGGGCUCUCCUUGCCUUUGACCAGUGACCAAACCUUUAAUUUAAUGAGUGGAAUUGCUGGGGAUGUCAUCGCAGCUGCAGUGUCUGCUGCCAUCAAAGACCAGUUGCAGUCUGUACAGCAAGCUUCUUCGCAUGCAGUGCCCAGUUUGAGUGAAGAGACAGACACAGAGGAAGCCGAUGAUUUUGAACUGCUUGACCAGUCUGAGCUUGAGCAGAUUGAGAAAGAAUUGGGACUUUCACAAGGCCAAGAAGCAGAAUCCCAGGAGAAAAAGAAGUCUUCAGGCUUCCUUUCAAAUCUGCUUGGAAAUCAUUAACCUGGGAAUUGCAGUUGGUGACACAGAAGAAAUGAAACACAAAACACACACAAAAUCAAAUGCAAAAAAGGAAAAUUCUGAGCUGUAAGCUUUAACUAUCACUUUAGAUGUGUUGUAAUAAUUUCCCUUAUGCAGAGUGAAUUAACUGGAUAAAUAUCAGCUGAUACUGAUAGUUUAAUGUUUCUGGUAGUUAAACCUCAAUGUUAUAGUAUGGAAAUGAAUUAUCUAUCCACUGUUUGGUUGCAGAUGAGUGUUGGAGGUCAGUUGUUCAAAAGGUUUGGGGAAGAGGGUUUUUUUUCAUCUUUUUGCCAAACAUACAUUUUGGGGUCCUUAGCCAAAGUUUCAACAUCGGCAACUUAUUUAUUCUCAGUUGCCAACCUUGGCCGGCAAUCUUAAUGAUUCACACUGCGAGGAUGAGUUAUCAGAGGAUUGCAGUGAGAUUAACUAAGUCUCGCCUCCGUCAGUCAUACUGAGAAGUCUGGAGCCCUGCAGUUAUUAUUAGGUAUAGUGCAUCUACUAUUUAUGAACACGGUAACCAGCAGAACUCUAGUUUAACUGUGUGCAACACUGUCAUCAGUGGACUUGAUUUAACACUUAAAAUCUUUGAAUUAUUUUGGAUAUGGUGAUGCAUUUCCACGUUUUUUGCUGUUUUAGGCUUGUAGAGUUGUAACGUGGCACGCUAUUUGACUGACCACCUGCUGUGUUCCUUGAUAGAGUCUGGUCCUUGGCAGUAUUGCCUGUGUAAAGUCAGCCAACACAUUUUUAUAUUUAAGAGUUAAUAUGUAAACUGAACAGCCUUUUGGGGAGCAGGUGGGGUAGUUAUUGUUUGGAUUAGGGAAGAUAUAAGAGUUAGAGGCAAAGAGAAGGGCUUCUUUCGCUGCCACUUCUGUAAUUCAAGAUUCUGUGUGGGUUUUUCUUUGUUUGUUUGUUUUGUUUUGUUUUCUUCUGUUCUUUUUUUUUUUUUUUUUUUUCCCUGGAACAGCUGCCAUCACUUGCAACAAAAGUUGUGUUGCAAGCUGGAUCUCUUAAUACACUUAAAGUAUUCAGUGCGGUCAUUCGCUAUAGAAGUCACUCAGAAUCUUCUCGGCACCUAAACUAGUAAAAUAAAAAUGAACUUGUUUAAAUUAUUUGCCAUUUUAAACCCCAUGUAUGCUCAGUGAAUGGCAUGGGAUCUUAAGCAGGUUACUUGUUUGAUUUUUCGUAGGGCUUUUUUGUUCACCUUUAAUAUAAUCAAAUUGUAAUACCAAGCAAUAGUAAUCAAAGAAGUAGGAAGAAGUAAAGCUAGUUUUUCUAAUGUGAUGUAAACAGUUAGCAGAGUCGAGGGACCAUGUCAGCUGCUACUACUACUAAAGUGAUUUUCCAUUUGCUGGCAUUUUAAGAGGUGAAUACUGUCAUCCAGGACCCUCAGAAAGUACAGCAACGGAGUGAAAAAAUGUUCACUAACAUGUAUGUGUAGGUAAACCUGUGUUUAACUCUUUUUUUCCUGAGGUGACAAAGUAGGCAGAUGGCCAAACAGAUUGUAGCUAAAGAAAAGAUGCUGAUAAUUUUUGACACUGGCUUUAUCGUUGCUUGUGCUUUUGUGUCAGUAAUGCAUAUUGAUCGUGUUUGCUGUCCUUUACCAGUAAAAAAGUGAGCCUGUGCCUUCAUUAUCCAAUCCAUUUUGAAAUAAGCAGAUGCCGGAUGUAGAUCCCAGAAGAUGCAGCUUUUGAAAUGGUAACAUCUUAACAUUAAAAACAAGAUACUGGAAAUCAUUUUAAAAAUGUGGCCAUGUCGCUUUCACACUGUUAGUUGUUAAGUUUCAUUUUCAACUUCCCUAAGUCUGUCCUUCUCAUUUGGAAAAACAAAAACAAAAGAGGCUUUUGCUGAGAAAUGAGUAAGUUGAAAGGCCAUUUAAGUUUCUCAGACGAGUUAAAAACAUUGUCUCCCUGCUGCAUGUAUAGGACAAUCUAUAUAUUGAGAAGAGUACAACUUCCAGGUUGCUGACGGGACUUUGCAGAGUACCUAGGCCAAGCGUGCUUCCCGAACAAGGGCACUCGCUGGUGCCAGAAGAUGCAACAGGCGCCAGGACAGGGAGAACUGGAGAGGCAGCAGCGCUCAGCGAGUUUUGCUGAAGUGGGUGGACAAGACAUGCGAACUAGCUGUCAGUGGUGGCAUCGCAACAGCGUGCACUUUAUUGUUGUUUUAUGAAGAAUGCUGUGAUUAUAAAAGUACUUAACACAGGGGCGCUCUUCUAGAAUAAUUAGAUCAAGAAGGAUAAGCAGUUGGAGGAGUUUCUCAGACUUUUUGUAAAUGAUCCAUUUUCUGGUUUCGACAUAGAAAAACAGAUCCAUUUUUCUUCAAUAAAGCAUGUGUCUCUCUUGCUUUUACUUUCCAUUUAAAAAAAAAAAAAAAAACUCGAGAAAGCAAAUCAUUAAAGCUUAGGGACAUAAUUACUUAUUUGACUGUCUUGAAUUUUGUCUGUUCUCAUGGUAGUUGAUUACAUGGUAUUUUUUUUUAUUCAAGCCCCUAAAUACUGUGGAAGGAGGUAAUUCUCUACCACUUACUAUU